AUGGACAACCAUUGGGAAGGUACUGCGUAUUAUAAUACAUGUCUUCUAGCAAUUUUUAAUUACACAAAUUGUUUGCCUGACCACCCCUAUUUGCCAAAUGACGCGAGAAGCGUUCACAUACUAGGACGGGAGUAUAAUUGCCUGAAAGAUAGAGAUAUUAUCACCUCGCGCCUUCGUUCUCUUUUCUGGAUGACUUACCGUAAAGGUUUCGCACCCAUCGUCAUGCAAAAAGGACCAUCUUCAGAUACUGGCUGGGGGUGCAUGCAUCGUUGCGGACAGAUGCUGUUAGUGGAAGCAAUGACGCGAGUUCACCUUGGCGCAGAUUGGCUAUGGACACCCGAGUGUCGAAAUGAAACAUACUCCCAAAUACGUCGCAUGUUCCAAGAUCAGCGAUCUUCUCUCUACUCUAUACAGAAUAUCACUACACUUGGUCUGGCGGUGGACAAACCGAUUGGAAGUUGGUUCGGACCAAACACUGUGGCGCAAGUUAUCAACUAA